GCGGGCUCGUCGGCCGGCGAGGGAGCAGCAAACGGCCGGCGGCGGGCGCCGCGCGGGGGGCGGGCGACGCGGAGGCGGCGGUGGCCAUGGCCGAGGCGUCGCCGCAGCCCGGACGGUACUUUUGUCACUGCUGCUCGGUAGAGAUCGUGCCUCGCCUACCGGAUUACAUCUGCCCAAGGUGCGAGUCUGGCUUCAUUGAGGAGCUUCCAGAAGAGACCAGGAACACAGAAAAUGGCUCUGCCCCGUCCACAGCCCCUAACGACCAGAACCGGCAGCCAUUCGAAAGUGUGGACCAGCACCUGUUCACGCUGCCGCAGGGGUACAGCCAGUUUGCUUUCGGCAUCUUUGACGAUAGCUUCGAGAUUCCCACGUUCCCUCCUGGGACACAGGCGGAUGAUGGCAGGGACCCCGAGAGCCGACGGGAGAGGGAACAUCAGUCUCGGCAUCGGUAUGGGGCCCGGCAGCCCCGUGCUCGCCUUACUGCCCGGCGGGCCACUGGCCGGCACGAAGGUGUCCCCACGCUGGAAGGGAUCAUCCAGCAGCUCGUGAAUGGUAUCAUCUCCCCGGCCGCUGUACCCAGCCUGGGCCUUGGUCCCUGGGGCGUCCUGCACUCGAACCCAAUGGACUACGCCUGGGGGGCCAACGGCCUGGACACCAUCAUCACACAGCUCCUCAAUCAGUUUGAGAACACGGGUCCCCCACCUGCAGACAAGGAGAAGAUUCAGGCCCUCCCUACGGUCCCUGUCACAGAGGAACACGUGGGUUCAGGGCUGGAGUGCCCCGUGUGCAAAGACGACUACGCGCUGGGCGAGAGCGUGCGGCAGCUGCCCUGCAACCACCUGUUCCACGACAGCUGCAUCGUGCCCUGGCUAGAGCAGCAUGACAGCUGCCCCGUCUGCCGCAAGAGCCUCACUGGACAGAACACGGCCACCAAUCCCCCAGGCCUAAGUGGGGUGGCCUUCUCCUCGUCCUCAUCCUCAUCCUCGUCUAGCUCACCCAGCAACGAGAAUGCCACAAGCAACUCCUGAGUCCCACCUGGCCACCCAUCCACCCACCCCCGGGGCUCGGUCAUCCCACUCGCCCCAGGUGCCCCAGCACCGCCAUGGCCUGGACUAGAGGGUGCUGCCCCAUGGUGGCCGGCAGCACCUGGCGGGCCCCAGGCUGCUUCAGGCUCGGACUUGGCCAUGGCUGCUCCUGUUUGGAGGCGAGCACGUGGGCCCCAUGUCCCCGCAGGCGCCUCCAGUCCGUCUUUAACCUCACCCUCCAAGUGUUCAACGGCAGAAGGGUUUUUAUGAUUUUAAAUUAUUACUGCUUUGAAAUAAAUGGACGUUUGAGCCACGUGCGGCCAUGCAUGAUCUGUGGAGGCAGCAGAACUGUCACCAGACCCAGCCCGCCACAUGCCCUGGGAGGCCGGGCCCAGCACCCAGCCAGUGCCGGCCUCGGGACCACGAGGGUGACCAGCAGACCCAGGAACAAACCUGCUCCAGCAGACUUUUUUUUUUUUUUUUUAAGGGAAAUGUGUGUUAUCUGGAAAGCUAUUUAAAAUACACCUACUCAAAAAGCAGA